UGCGAAUGGUGUGAACACUUAACACAUUCAGUGUAGCACAGACCGGCUUGUUGCGCGGACGUAUCGCAAAAAUAAAACAUUAAUUUAACAACUUCGAGUAACUAUAAACCAAAAUUGAUUUUCCCUAAAUGUUUUUAUGGUUUAUUUUGUUAUAAAACAUGUUUCUUUAAGACGUUUUACUUUUUUUACGAAGACAAUUACCUUAAUGAACACAUCAAAAUUUGUCACAAGUUUUGACCUUCAAAUACAGCGUGCAUAAGAAAAAUAUUUUGUUGUUUUUAGAUAGUGUUUAUCAUGGAUCCGCAGCAAGCGCCUUUGGGCAUCAGACAGUUGAUAUCGCUGGAUCGAAUAAAAGUGCGGCAGAAGACGACAGUGUUCGAAGGCAACAAGUAUGUUCUAAUGACGCCUGAUGAGAAGGUGUUUAUGUACGCGAAGGAAGAUGCUGGCGCGCUGUCGGUGAUGCUUGGAGGAAAGAAUCGCGCCUUCCACAUGGACCUACUCGACACAGAGCAUCAGAAUGUGGUAGCACUACGAAGACCCUACACGUUCGGAGCUGACAAACUGGAGGUACGUGUAUGUGGGCAGCUGGCCAGCGUGGUGCGGCAGGAGCACACCUUCAUGAAGCCCGUGCUUAACAUCAAUGACGCGCAAGAUCGCAACAUAUUCAGGGUCAAAGGACCCAUGAACAUCAGUGGCGAGUGUGACUUCCGCAUCCUUACUCGUGACAAGAAGCAGGUGGGCGUGAUCAGGAAGGUCUGGGGCGGGUUCAUGCGUGAGGCGUUUUCGCAAAGCGAUAACUUCGAAAUCGCUUUCCCGCUGGACCUGGAUGUGCGCAUCAAGGCGGCUAUCAUCGGCACUUGCUUCUUAAUUGAUUUCCUAUAUUUCGAGAAAUGAAAAUUACCCACCAACGUAUUUCGGAUUUUCAAUUAAGUUUUAGUCAUGUAAGGCAAUCUUAUAAAAUAGUGUUUCUAUAUCGUGAUAUAGAGAAAUACGUUGUAAAAGUUUAUAAUAAUAGCAUGAUAAUAAUGAUUGUUAUUGAUUUGCUGUUUUGAUCACUCUUAAUUUUAAUGAAAGGUCAGAGCUUCGGGAUUACGUUCAAGAUGCAAAUAUGUUACUAUAUUUUAAAUUAUGUUGUUUUUUGCUUCUACUAGUCAUGUUAGUUUCUGUUAUAUGUUUGUUUUUGAUAGUGGUCAGGUCUCAAGCUCAUUUGCAGUUUAAAAAGUAAAAUGAGAAAUAAAGUUUUUGAUAUGACAAGCUUUUAUCUUUUGCUAUCGCUAAGUGCUCAGGAGCCAAUGAAUAGUUAUAGAACAUAUUUAUAUACAAUUUAAUAAUGAUUAAAGGAUUAUUAUUGAUAUUUAUUACAAAACCCACGUACACGGCUAGAUCUGUAAAAAUAUGAUUAAAUGUUAUGUAUAAAAAUAAAAAGUGAUAUAAUGCGCUCGUUGUGUCGUUCAGUUUUUAUAAUUUUUUAAUAAACACUUUUAUAUA